AUGCUGCCCGGCUCCGCUCUGCUCCUGCCCCUCAUCCUCGGCUCCGCCGCCUGCUUCGAGCUGCUGCCGGAGGAGGCUGCUCCCCGCCGGGCACGGUUCUCCGCCAACAGCCCGACUGAUGUGGCCAGAUGUUUGAACGGAGCGGUGGCUGUGGGCUGUGGCUUCUUCUCCUGUCUGGAGAACUCGACCUGUGACACUGACGGGAUGCAUGAGAUCUGUGAACUCUUCCUCCACACAGCUGCUACCUUCAACACAGAGGGGAAAACUUUCGUCAAGAAGAGUCUGCACUGCAUCUCCCAGGGAAUCACAGCCAAGAUUUUCCAAACCAUCCGCCGCUGCAACAUCUUCCAGAGGAUGAUCGCUGAGGUCCAAGAGGAGUGUUACACCAGUCUGGACAUCUGCACCGUGGCUCGUACCAACCCUGACGCCAUCGGAGAGGUGGUGCAGGUGCCGACUCACUUCCCCAACAGAUACUACAGCACGCUGCUGCAGACCCUGCAGGCCUGCGAUGAGCAGACGGUGGCGGCGGUGCGGGCCGGCCUCAUCGCCCGGCUGGGCCCCGACAUGGAGACGUUCCUGCAGCUCGUCCAGAACAAACCCUGCGCCGCCGGCUCUGGCUCCGCCUCCUACAACAACCCGUCCAGCUGGAGGAACAUGCCCGUGUUCAACAUCCAGCCAGGCUUCAGGGGCCGGGACCCCACCCACCUGUUCGCCAGGAGAUCUGUGGACGACAGCGAGGGCGGGGUUAACGCUGAGAAGUAG